AUGGAGGCCUCCUGGAACCACUUCCAGUGCAAUGUUAACGAAGACAUUGUGAAAGCUGCAGCGGACAAGCUCGUGUCAUCUGGGCUAGCAGCCCUUGGCUACGUCUAUGUGAACAUAAAUGAUUGCUGGCAGGCUGACUCCCGUGAUUCAGAGGGUCGCCUGGCGCCCUCUCCUCGCUUCUUCCCUUCGGGCAUCAAGGGAAUCGCGGACUAUGUGCACAGCAAGGGGCUCAAGCUGGGCAUCUACUCUGAUUCUGGGAGGCUCACGUGUGAAGGCAAGCCAGGGUCACUGGGGCACGAGGCGAUUGACGCCCUCACCUUUGCUGAAUGGGAAGUGGACUAUCUCAAGUACGACAACUGCUUCAAUGAUGGCACUCCAAACAAGAUACGCUACACGACCAUGCGCAAUGCAUUGGAAGCCACUGGCAGAGACAUCUUUUUUUCCAUGUGCGAAUGGGGGCAGGACGACCCUUCCCUGUGGGCGUAUGACGUGGCAGACUCCUGGCGCACCACUGUGGACAUUGGGGACUCGUGGAGAAGCAUGAUGCGCAUUGCAGACAAAAACAACAAGUGGGCCAAAUACGCCAAGCCAGGCGGGUGGAACGACCCGGACAUGCUGCAGGUGGGGAAUGGCGGCAUGAGGCAGUCCGAGUAUCGUGUGCACUUCAGCCUCUGGGCCAUCAUGAAGGCGCCUCUCCUCAUUGGCUGCGAUCUCUCGGUUGUUUCAAACAGGACGCUGGCCAUUCUGGGAAACGACGAAGUCAUUGCUCUCAACCAGGACCCGCUGGGAGUUCAGGUGAGGAAGGUGCAAGUUUCUGAAGAUGCACUAAUGGAAGUUUGGUCCGGGCCUCUGUCGGAGGGUCGGCUGGUGGUAGCCCUGGUGAAUCGCAGCCCAAUCAGCUUGAGGAUCACUGCCCGUUGGAAAGCAAUGGGGCUGAAUCCAGGGCAGCGGAUGUAUGCACGAGACCUGUGGAAGAAGGCAACUAUGGACUCGGUCAUCUCAGGGGAGCUGAGUGUGCGAGUUCCCAGCCACGAUGUGGGGCUCUUCCUCCUCUGGCCCGCAGUCUAG